GCGGCGGGUGGGCGGGGGAACGAGCGCGUCUGGGCUGCUGCCGUGCCGCCAUGGACUCGCGUAAGCUGAGUGAGCUGCGGGCCUUCGUCCGGCUGUGCAAGCAGAACCCCGGCGUGCUGCACACCCCGGAGCUCGCUUUCCUCCGCGAAUGGGUGGAGAGUAUGGGAGGCACAAUUCCACCUGCUCCAGCCAAUGCCUCCACGGAGGAGGCAAGUAAGGGUAAAGCAGGGGAAUACCCAGAGGAGCCUGUUGAACCACCUGAACCAGAAAGUGAAGAGAGUGACUUAGAAAUUGAUAAUGAGGGAGUGAUUGAACCGGACAACGAUGACCCUCAAGAAAUGGGAGAUGAAAAUGUGGAGGUAACUGAAGAGAUGGCGGAUCAAGCUAAUGAAAAGAAGAUGGAAGCAAUAAAUGCUCUCGGUGAAGGGGACCUUCAGAAGGCUGUUGACUUAUUCACAGAGGCUAUCAAGCUGAAUCCUUGUUUGGCCAUCUUGUAUGCCAAGAGGGCAAGUGUUUUUGUGAAACUACAGAAGCCAAAUGCUGCCAUUAGAGAUUGUGACAGAGCCAUCAAGAUUAAUCCUGACUCGGCACAGACCUAUAAAUGGAGGGGGAAAGCGCAUAGACUUCUUGGUCACUGGGAGGAGGCUGCUCAUGAUCUUGCAUUGGCAUGUAAACUGGAUUAUGAUGAGGAUGCAAGUGCCAUGCUGAAGGAGGUGCAGCCAAGGGCUCAGAAAAUUGCAGAGCAUCGACGGAAGUAUGAGCGGAAGCGUGAAGAAAAGGAAAUCAAAGAAAGAUUGGAAAGAGUGAAGAAGGCACGGGAGGAGCAUGAGAAAGCACAAAGGGAGGAAGAAGCAAGACGACAGGCAGGAGGAGCUCAGUUUGGUGGCUUCCCAGGUGGCUUCCCAGGUGGCUUUCCUGGGGCUGCAGGCAUGCCAGGAAUGGCAGGUGUGCCAGGUCUCAAUGAGAUCCUCAGUGAUCCAGAGGUUCUUGCAGCCAUGCAGGAUCCAGAAGUUAUGGUUGCAUUCCAAGAUGUUGCCCAGAAUCCAGCAAAUAUGUCCAAGUACCAGAGCAAUCCCAAGGUCAUGAAUCUCAUCAGUAAAUUGUCUGCCAAAUUUGGCAGUAAACCAUAAAAUCCCUGGUUCUUAAAAAUCAUACCUGAAUGGCGAGGAUUGGAUUUGGCUAACCAGUGUUGCAAUAAAAUAAACCAUUUUACCUCUGAUCUUCUUAAGAAGAGAAAUGGGGUGUUCUAAGGAGAA